CCUCCUCAGGCGCGCUCCGCCCCUCCCCCGCGCGGGCUCUGCUUCGCGCUCCUUCCCUUCCCCCUCCCCUCCUCCUCGCGCUCACGCCGCUCUCGCGCUCCCUUUCCCCCUCCCCCCUCGUGUCUCCCUGUCAGUGCGGUCGCUGCGCUGGGAAACAUGGCGUCGGAGGGAAUGAUUUUAACCAACCACGACCAUCAAAUCCGCGUCGGGGUCCUCACAGCAUCUACUAGUGGACUUACAAGCUACCUACUGUCUGGAGGAGUAUAUCCAGAGAGAAGUGCUUUAAUAUAGAACAAAAUGAGAAAUUGAAAGAAAUGUUUGAAGGAGAUGUUGGCAUAAAAGGCAUGUCAGGACACCCCUGUGAAGAAGGAGAGUCAUUGCUUACAGAUGGGGAACUGAAAAACAAGAGAUUUCAUACAGGAAAUGAGAUGCUGUAUUCUUCUUGGGAACAAUCUCAUUAUUCCCUCUGCCAGAGAUCUACAUAUGUUCAAUGUGUGAGCGACAGUUGCUUCAGGAACCUUGCUGAAGACCGCAGUGGGAUAAACCUUAAAGAUCUGGUCCAAGACCCAUCUUUGUUGGGUGGGACUAUAUCUGCAUACAAGAUAGUGCCAGAUGAAAUUGAAGAAAUCAAGGAGACUCUGAUAGACUGGUGUGAUGAAAAGGAACUUAACUUGAUUUUGACAACUGGAGGAACAGGGUUUGCACCACGAGACGUCACUCCAGAGAAAUUCCCAACAUUCCCAUUUUGUGGGCUCCAGAGAGGGGCCACUAAAGAAGUAAUAGAGCGAGAGGCCCCAGGGAUGGCCCUGGCAAUGCUGAUGGGAUCACUUAAUGUUACUCCUCUGGGCAUGCUCUCUAGACCUGUAUGUGGAAUCAGAGGAAAAACUCUAAUAAUUAACCUGCCAGGCAGCAAGAAAGGGUCACAGGAAUGUUUUCAGUUUAUACUGCCAGCCCUACCUCAUGCCAUUGACCUUUUGCGGGAUGCCAUUGUAAAAGUAAAGGAGGUACACGACGAACUUGAAGACCUACCUUCACCGCCACCUCCUCUUUCUCCUCCUCCAACCACCAGCCCACACAAACAGACAGAAGACAAAGGUGUACAGUGCGAGGAAGAGGAGGAAGAGAAGAAGGAUAGUGGAGUUGCCUCAACAGAGGACAGUUCCUCUUCACAUAUAACUGCUGCAGCCAUUGCAGCUAAGAAGCAUCCAUCCUACACCAGUUCUGCUGUUAUCAUGGCAAAAGGUGAACAGCCCAUCCCGGGUCUCAUCUGUUAUUCCCAUCACGCAGCAGGCAGUGCAGGAGAACCGAUUCCAGACUCCAUCAUUUCUCGUGGUGUUCAGGUGCUCCCACGAGACACAGCCUCUCUCAGCACUACCCCAUCAGAAUCUCCUCGUGCCCAGGCCACUUCUCGUCUCUCCACUGCGUCCUGCCCAACACCAAAACAAAUUAGACGGCCGGAUGAAAGCAAAGGAGUUGCUAGUAGAGUUGGAUCCCUCAAAGUCCAGUCCAGGUGCAGUAGCAAGGAGAACAUCCUCAGAGCCAGUCACAGUGCCGUCGACAUUACCAAGGUGGCCAGAAGACAUCGCAUGUCUCCAUUCCCAUUGACAUCUAUGGACAAAGCCUUCAUCACAGUUCUGGAGAUGACCCCAGUGCUCGGAACAGAAAUCAUCAAUUACCGAGAUGGAAUGGGCCGAGUUCUUGCUCAAGAUGUUUAUGCAAAAGACAACCUACCCCCCUUCCCAGCAUCGGUAAAAGAUGGAUACGCUGUCAGAGCUGCUGAUGGCCCUGGGGAUCGAUUCAUCAUUGGGGAAUCCCAAGCUGGUGAGCAGCCAACUCAGACUGUGAUGCCUGGUCAGGUAAUGCGGGUUACAACAGGAGCUCCAAUCCCCUGUGGUGCUGAUGCUGUGGUGCAAGUAGAAGACACAGAACUCAUCAGGGAAUCAGAUGAUGGCACUGAAGAGCUAGAAGUACGAAUUCUGGUACAGGCUCGACCAGGGCAAGAUAUCAGACCUAUAGGACACGACAUUAAAAGAGGUGAAUGUGUGCUGGCUAAGGGAACCCACAUGGGUCCAUCGGAGAUUGGUCUCUUAGCAACUGUUGGGGUAACAGAAGUAGAAGUUAACAAAUUUCCAGUCGUUGCAGUCAUGUCAACAGGGAAUGAGUUGUUGAAUCCUGAGGAUGACCUCUUACCAGGAAAGAUCCGAGACAGUAACCGUUCAACUCUCCUAGCUACAAUUCAAGAACAUGGCUACCCAACAAUCAACUUGGGAAUUGUGGGAGAUAAGAAGCCAGAUGCUUUUAAAGAAGAAGGGACACACAGCUUCCAGAACACAGCGGAGACAGGCCUUCCAGAUUGCCCAGAUGAUUUACUGAAUGCACUGAAUGAAGGUAUCAGCCGUGCAGACGUUAUCAUCACAUCAGGAGGCGUGUCCAUGGGUGAAAAGGACUAUCUUAAACAGGUGCUGGACAUUGACCUUCAUGCACAGAUUCACUUUGGCAGAGUUUUUAUGAAACCAGGCCUGCCAACAACAUUUGCAACUUUGGAUAUUGAUGGUGUACGAAAAAUAAUCUUUGCACUGCCAGGAAAUCCUGUAUCAGCUGUUGUCACCUGCAAUCUCUUUGUUGUCCCAGCAUUGAGGAAAAUGCAAGGCAUCCUGGAUCCUCGGCCCACCAUUAUCAAAGCCAGGUUAUCAUGUGAUGUAAAAUUGGAUCCUCGCCCAGAAUACCAUCGGUGCAUACUGACUUGGCAUCACCAAGAACCACUGCCUUGGGCACAGAGUACAGGAAAUCAGAUGAGCAGUCGUCUGAUGAGUAUGCGUAGUGCCAAUGGACUGUUGAUGCUACCUCCAAAGACAGAACAGUAUGUGGAGCUUCACAAGGGCGAGGUGGUGGAUGUCAUGGUCAUCGGAAGGCUAUGAUGUCACCAGCAAGAGUGAAGCUUUGAUGCAUGUCCACAUAUCAUUGACUGUAUCCUGUAAUAUGCAACGGCACAGCUAGUUUUUCUGAACUGGAUAAAAGCUGAUCAGUAUAGUCAACAUCUUGAACUAUAUUUCAAAUGGAAUUUAAAUAAAUACCUUUUAAAAAAAACUUUAAAAAAACAAAUCUUAACAAAGAAAUUUAUUCUGAUUAUAUCAAAGCAACUUUUUCCUUUCUUGCAAUUGCUUUGUGUGUUCAAUGCUAGUUCUGAUAGCAGUAGCUUUUAGUAGACAGCAGUAGGUGCCUGCAGAACUUGUGUUUUUUCUCAUCUUUAAGAUACAACUACUUAUGCUCUUAAAACAAGGCUGUCUGCUUAUUUAUACUAGCGUAGACAACACUUGGAUUUCCCUUAUUAGUAUGCUUCAUAACUGCUUCACAGAGAGCUUCUGCUUGUUCUUUAUCUUGUAUCUCGUGUUGAUGUGCACAGUGCCAAAAGCAGAGUGGCUGCACUGGGAACCCGAUCAAGCCCCGAGGUUUCCCCCCUCGCUGCGCGUUCAGGGAUAUCUCUCGGCCCAGCAGCCACCCGGCUCAGUACUCUUGGGCAGUAACUGGAUACCUUUUAUUUGAACAAACAAAAAAAAUUGCUUCCUUAAGUGCUGACAGCCUUUUUAACCAAUACAUUUAAAGAUGUACAGAACUAAAACCUAAAAAAAAAAAUCAAAGACUGAUCUUGUACAGAUAUUAAUGUUACCAGCAUUCAUGUGGAAAUCAAAGGAGCGAAGAAAUAAAACUAAUGUUAAACAA